AGUCCGGGGCAUGGGCUGUUUUCUGAGUCGUCAAGAAGGCUUUCUGAGGAUUUCGUAAGAUUGUCUCUAAUGCAACUUUAGACAUCAAUGAGUCUGAGGGCCCUGUUACAUUAGCGUUAUCAACCUAGGGGAAUCAAAUCCGAGAGGGGAUCUCUAUACCAAGCUCAAGGUCCUCAGCAUACGGACCACAUGUCGGGGGAACAAUCAGACAAGAUCAUUGAAACACCAAGCAGCAUCGCCGCCCCGCAUGAACACUUUCUUGCCCAGAAAGGUGCAGUAGCUAAUGCAUUCCCACAGCUCCUCGUCGAUGAUCUUGAGGGGCUCAACACUGCCGUCGCCAACUUCUGUAGCUAUGCUGCGGAAUGGACCUUGGAGAAUUGGCCAUUUGAGAGCAUCGAACCUUCCACUGCCGAUGUCAACCUGGACGUACUGAAAACUGUAUUCCCAGGGGGGUGCGCCAUUCCGUCGAUGAUUCUAUCAAGAAAGUAUGCUCCUCGACCUCUUAAAGAUGUAAUCAACUGGGGGCUACGUUCGAUCAUUAAUAAAGCACUCUUUGAGGAGAUCCUCGAUCCCUUCCAUCCUUCCCUUUCCUUGAGAGUAGGGGGAACGGAGGGGACAAAACGCUCCGAGCAUCUGAAGAGCGUUUUCUAUUCCAUUCUCUAUGAGGAAGCCGAUGUUUCCAUGUUGCAUGCGAAGGCCGGAAUGUUUAAGUCGCUUGAUCGUCUCGCCAGGGAUAAUCCUCGCGUGUCACCCAUUGACGAUAUCUUAAGCGCUCUGAGGGAUGGAGAUAAAGGAAUCAUGGAUCUCCUUCAAGCGGUCUUCGGUGACCGUGCUAACAGACCUCCCAUUGAUCUGGACCCGCUUCGAUCCAUCAUUCGGGUAGCCUAUGAAUGGAACCACGUGGCGAAGAGUUUGGUGCCUCCGGUUGACCUUCACCCAUUCGUCAUUCCAAACACUGGUUCAUUCGACGCAGAGAUUAUGGAUUACCAUGGGAAGCCUGUUAGAUCUUCUGGGAAAUCAGUGAUCAUUUGUGCUGGGUCCAUCGGGCUGAAGCUACAUGACCGCCGGCGUCCGAAAGGGCGGGUUCUACUUAAGGUCGAGGUCUUGACACCUCAAAAUUAUGGUGACGCUUAAAAAUUAUGCUCAACUACUCCAGUGUAUCAACACGCCCUAGUUUGAUCGCUCUGAUACCUGUAUUUUGUUAUUCAUCUGCUAGAGCGUCAUCUUUUGCAUUGCUCCUUCACGUGUUUCCAUCCUCCAGCGCUCCUGGGACUACAGACUUUUGGACACUUAAUGUGGUUCCUUCCUGUAUCAGUACUAAACAC